UACCCUAUUACAGGUCUUCCUUUACCCUUGUCCACCCACCCCUUGCCCAAAAUCUACUAAAUUCCUAGUUCUGAUGAAGGUCAUCAAUCCAGAACGUUAACUCUGUUUCUCCCUCCACAGAUGCUGCCUGACCUGCUGAGUAUUUCCAGAAUUUUCUGUUUUUAUAUCACUUAUGUCUGGUUCAGAAGUCAGAUUAUCAAAAAUGAAUGCAAGAAUAAGACAAGUGAAGCUUUCAUAUUCGGCAUAGGGUUGAAAUAGAUCAAUUGGGGAUUCUGGCUAAAAUCACUGCAGCUAGUAAAUUUGCCUACGUGGCGACAUGUGUUCUGCAAGGAACAUAGAGAUAGAUGGUCCUUAAGUUCCCCUACCUGAGGCUUCUUUUGAAAAUAUUUUUCCCUGAGACAAUCAGAUUUCUAAAAUAAUGGCUCAGCGAUGCUGGCAAAAAUUUUGAUUGCACAGCAAUAAAUGUUCAACCUCUAAGGCUGCCAGCUUUAAGAAAUGCUGCCUAUGGUGAUUGGCUAAAGUCGAAUGUCGCUCCAUUCGCCAAUCAGAAACUGAAUGGCGACUGGAGAUCCCGACUGCCCCCUUCCCUUCCUAUUCGCCAUCACAUAGGAUCAGCUACAGUGUGAAAUUGGAUAGCGAGCCGUGUGACAUGUCAGGUUUUUUAUGUCUAACUAUCAGUGAUUUUAGAAGAAUUGAGGAUAUUUAUCAGAAAUUAUCUCGGAGAUUUAUCACAACUACAGGUAUUAUGGUACAAUGUAGAUCUUAAUUUUAGAUUUUGAAAAAAAUGAUACGCAAUUAUGUUAUUCCAGUGAAUAAUUGGGCAGCGCUGUGACGUGCCGAAGGAAUUGAAAUGCUUUGUGCUGGAAAUGGGAUUUUAUAAAAUAUAUUGGCUGUUAAAAUGGCAAAUAUUGUGUUUAUUGCUCUCCUCCUGGAUUGUGGUUUCUGGUCAGAUUCGGUACUCGAUUCCUGAGGAGCUGCAGCGGGGCGCCUUUGUCGGGAAUAUCGCGGCCGAUUUGGGUUUAGAUGUAAACCAGCUCUCCAGCCGGAAUUUUCGGAUCGUGUCGGGUCCCAGGAAACAGUAUUUCGACGUAAACUUAGACAGCGGGAUUUUACUUGUAAAGGAGAACAUUGACAGAGAACAGCUCUGUGGAUCGAGCCUCGGUUGCUCUUUGGCCCUGGAGGCUGUGAUUGACGAGCCACUGAAUGUCUAUCAUGUCGAGGUGGGGAUUCUGGACAUAAACGACAACGCUCCCCAUUUCCCAAAGGGACAGUUCCGUUUGGAAAUAUCCGAGUUGGCGGUGCCCGGAUUCCGAUUCCCACUCGAGUCUGCGCACGAUCCGGAUGUAGGCACCAACUCAUUGCAAACCUACCAAUUAGCUCCGAACCAAUAUUUUAAGCUGGAUGUACAAUCUCGCAGUGAGGGCGGUAAACUCCCAGUUUUAGUGAUGGGGAAGCCUCUCGACAGAGAACAGCAGCCCACACUGCAGUUACUGCUCACGGCCACCGACGGGGGCAAUCCAGAGAGGUCUGGCACUGCACAGAUUAUCAUCCAUGCACUGGAUGCCAACGACAACAUCCCCACCUUUAGCCACUCCCUUUACAGGGUCAGUUUGUUAGAAAACGUGCCCAUAGGAACGUUGGUGAUCCAAGUGAACGCCACUGACCCGGACGAAGGCUCCAAUGGGGAAAUCGUUUACUCUUUUGGUAGCCACGCUCCUGUCAAAGUGCGGGAGCUGUUCAGUGUGGACCCUAAAACGGGAGAGAUCAGAGUUAAAGGACAUCUGGAUUUUGAAACAGCAAAGGAGUUGGAGAUUAGUGUGCAAGCUGUCGAUAAGGGUUCCUUUUCUGUGCCUGUGCAUUGCGAUGUGCUAGUGGACAUCGUUGACGUGAAUGAUAAUGCGCCCGAGGUAACAGUGACCUCUUUGUCCAGCUCAGUUCCUGAAGAUGCCCAGCCUGGGACUGUGACAGCUUUAAUCGGUGUAACUGAUUCAGAUGUGGGAGGGAAUGGGAACACUCACUGUCAGAUCCCAAAUAGCUUUCCUUUCAAAUUAGAUUCAUCAUUUAAAAAUUACUAUCGAUUGGUCACCAAAGAUCUACUAGAUCGAGAAAUGGUCUCUCAAUAUGACAUCCCCAUUACCUGCAGGGAUGAAGGUUCGCCCGUGCUCACUUCUAACAAAACCAUUCAGCUAAAUAUCUCAGAUAUAAACGACAACCCCCCACGUUUCUCACAGACCUCAUACACAGCCUAUGUGACAGAGAACAAUGUCAUCGGUAGUUCUGUCUACUCGGUGCCAGCUUUUGACGCUGAUUUAAAUCAGAACUCCCGACUGUCCUAUUCUAUUCUAAGGACACAAGUCGGCGACCUGCCUGUAACUAAUUAUGUCUCCAUUAAUUCAGACAGCGGCAUAAUAUCUGCUGAGCGCUCUUAUGACCACGAAGAGUUAAAGAAGUUUCAGAUCCAGGUCCGAGCAGUGGACGCUGGAGUUCCACAGCUGAGCAGUGACGUGUCCGUGGAUGUGGUCAUCCUAGAUCAGAAUGACAAUGCCCCAGUCAUCAUAUCCGCAAGGCCGGAGGAUGGUUCGGCAUCAGUGGAGACAGUAUCUAGAUUAGCAGAGCCGGGUUACCUGGUGACCAAGGUGUCAGCUAUUGAUGCUGAUUCGGGCCCGAAUUCAAGGCUUUCUUAUCAAUUGGUCCAGGCCUCUGACCCUGGUCUUUUUACUAUUUCUCCAGACACGGGAGAGGUCUGGACCAUCCGUCGCAUUGUGGACAAGGAUGCAGUUAAACAGCGCUUGGUUAUCCGGGUACAAGACCAUGGGAUCCCACAGCUUAGCGCAACAAUGAACAUCAUCUUAUCACUGGCCGACAGUGAUGCCGACAUCCUCUCUGAAGUGAACAGCCUGACAGGAGAUCUCGGAUUCCCUUCCGAUGUAAGCCUAUAUUUGGUCAUCGCUUUCGGAACAACCUCGUCUAUUUUUCUCGUGGUUUUGGUCAUCCUCGCUGUAAAGAUCCACAGAAGUAGGAACGUGUUGAACCGCCACAGCUGCUCUCUGGAUACAUGCUUCUGCUUGGGAUCAACACAUUCCCUUAACGGAGUACAAAAAGCCAGUGUCAACCUUCAGAUCCCCCCGAAUUACGUUGAAGUGUUUGGCCGGGACCCACUGCCUCAGAACUUUCGUUACGAGGUGAAACAACCAAAUGCUGACUGGCGUUUCUCACAGACUCAUAGAGCUGAAUUAAACAGUUCUCAAUACCUGGAGGAGGAAGGAGUGCAGCGUGAUAUACAGCGUGAAGUCCAGCGAGAGGUGCAGUGUGAUGUACAGCGUGAAGUACCGCGUGAUGUGCAGUGUGAUGCAUCCCGUAACAUUCAGCGUGAGGUUCAGCAUGACAUGCAGUGUGAUGUUCAGCAUGUUGUCGAGAAAGACCCUGGUGGACCAAGGAAACCAAUGUGUGCGAGGCCUGCAGCCAUUCCUGCCGGUAGAGAUGGGUGGACACUACCACGGACAGCUCCACGAAUGCAGUUGCAGAUGACGCUAGGCACUCACGUACCAGGAACCUUGCGAAGUCAGUAUCUCCUCCCCCGAGGGGUUCAUACAAGUGGAGCACGUAUCAGUAAUUCAAGCGUGGAAUUCAGUGCGCCUCUUAUUGGCAGCCUGCAUGGUCCAUGGGCUGCAAAUCAGACACGAGAUCAUAGAGGCAUCUCCAGUUCGGGUGGCAGGAGACCAGAGUUGGACACCCAGGCUUGCGGUGAAAUUCCCUGCUCACCACCAGGCCAACGACUAUCUACACAAUGUCUACAUUCCCGGGACCACCACCACCCUCUCCGGGAAGUCAACUACUGAGCGGGAAGGCAAGAAAUCCUUCAUUACUUUUGGGAAGAAGAAGAAGGGUGGUAAAUAAAACAAAGAGGUAGCAGAAUGGAAUUGAAUAUAAUGGUGAGAAUUAUAAAAUGGAGCUGCAUGACUGAAGCACGUUUUUUUUUAAAUAAACUACUAAAUGUCACUUAAAAAAAAUCACUGGGCCAAAGCAGGUCCUUUGCUGCACUAAGUAUUAAUUUGAUAGGGAAUGGAGUUUUUUUUUAAUUGCAUUUCCAAUGAGUGUGUUCAGAAUGCUUCAAUACUCCUCAAUUAAACAAGUAAUUCAAAGAAAAGAAUGACAAACUGUGCCAACCAGCACAUGCUAUGUUGCUUAAGAUGGUCUGUAUGCCUAAAGGUGUGAAGAAAUUUCAUUUUCCUGGCAACCCAGAGAUUAAGGCAACUUACUCCUGACUAUGUGGUUGUGAUUCUGAGUAUCAUCGCCACAUGGGACUUGUCACAAAUGCUAUCACUUCAUCACAAAUAAAAUUGGUAUCAGGCCAGUGUUACAGCAUUUUUGUCAAUGAGGUACAAACCCUUGCAUUGGCCUGAUUAAGGAAUACUCCAACAUGAUGCACUAUGAACUGAUGGGACUUGAGUCCCUCUACCUUCCAUGAUUCCUUACAUGGUAGGCACCUAAAUUCAGUUCUGCUGUAAGGACUGUUGGACCCUUGGCUAGCAUUGCCACAAAAUAGCAUUUCUUUGCUGUCUCUGUGUGAAGAUCAACUGAGGGAAUGUGAUGAAGCCCAUCAACAUCUGGGAUGGCUGGAACCAGAAGUCUAGAGACAGAUCAAAGAAGAAAGUUUUAUGAGGUUCUCAAGUAAGGAGGAGAUAGGCUGAAAAUAGCCCUUGAGCCAUAUGGUGAGAACCACUGGCAUCGACCCAUCUUGCUCCACCACAUGUCAGCUGAGGAGGGAGAGAGGUAUUCCAAUUUAAGUCACUGAGAAGUUGUGCCUUUCCCAGAGAAAUGAAAUAUUGAUUCCCCCUCACCACCAUGAUGGAGGGAAAUUAAGGAAAACAUUUAAAGAAAACCCAUUCCCUUCUGUAAACAGCUGUUACACAAAAGCUAGCAGCCACAAUUUUAAUUCAGUCAACCAUUCAUUGUAUUGUGUCUCCAUUUAUUCAGUCCAAAAUGUCACAUAGCCUUAACAUAGAUUAAGGAACACUUUACGAGUACAUUUUCUCAUUGUGCAUGUUGGCCGCACUGAGGGUUAUCGCUUGCAUUACAUUUUCUGUAAUUUAAUCACUGUUUAACACCUCAUAUUUAGCUUUAGGAGGGGUGAAACAGAACAGAAAAGAGCAAAAAAAAAACAAGCAAGUGAAAAAAGAAAAUAAUUGAGGCUUGAUUUCCUCCAUUAGGAACUGGAUCAGGCGUCAGACAGGGCUGCCAGAUGGAACAGCCAUGGUCUUAUCGAAUGGCAGGCAGGCUUGAAGGGCUGAAUGGCCUGCUCCUGCUCCUAAGUCCAAUGCUCCUAUGUUCCUAUGGAGUACUAACUAGAAACAGUAUCUGGCCAAGAACCUUGGCAUUGUCCAUCCCACUCCUUUGGAGUGCCAUCUGAUCUUAGCUUGGCAGUGAUGUUAACUGUGGGCAUUCAAAAGAUCUUGGCUUUGAGUGCCCUUUUCAUCUGCCUGAAGCAGAAGAUAUGAAGGACAAGGCUUCUUAAGAGAGAAAGAAUAGGCAGUAAGAAAGGAGGAAAGAAGAGAAUAAUGAAAUACCAAAAAAAAACAAGGUUAUAUAUGGGGCUAGGGUUGCCACCUACUGAAGGGCCCAAAACUGGACCGGGGUGGGGGGUGGAUCAGACUGAGCCACAGAAUGAAAUCCUGGCUUGUGUUCGGAGCUUUCCUUUGCUGAAGAUGAAAAUUCAUCAAGAAUUUAAUAAUGCCUCCACCUCAAGAGACAUGGAAUGGAGAAUAAAACCCAAAAAACUUUUAGUGUCUGCUCCAAAGUUUAGAAAUUUACAGACAUGGGGUAGAUUCUUACCUUGCCUGAUCAUGUAAAACAGAUGAUAAGCAUCAGCAAGCCCAGUUACAUCUCUUUCUAUUUUUAUUUCUGUCAACGUAGAUAGAAAUAAAAUCUGGUGGAGAUGUAGAAUGUGUUGCCAACUCGGUAUCAUCCCUUCUACACUGUCGCGCAAUGUUACGAUCUACCUCCCUGGUCUUUACUGUCAGCUGACCUCAGCCAGAUAGUUAAUAGAGAGAGCCUCAGUAUCCUGAGCUUAGCGAGGAACAAUCACCUGGCCUUCCUGCUCCUGCCUGCAGCCUAAUAACCGUUGCCAGAAGGUCCAUGUGAAGAGUAUCACUGGGGCAAGAUACGGUAGUGCAGGCUGCACACAUGGACCCAUGCAAUCAGAGUCAGUGCCUUCAGGAGAGCAGAAAAACAAAGGACAGAAAAAAAAUUGGGAGAGAGGAAAAGAAAAUGGGUCAUCCAGUUGAACCCCAGCUAGGUGGUAGACAUGAAUGGGGCUAAAGUUUUGGGGAACAGGGACUUUAACUAUUUAGAGAUUCUAAGUCCUGUCAUUUAACUUUAUUUAAAUACUAGCGAUAACCCUAUAACAUACUUUCUCUAAGACUGGAUCAAUCAGCCAUAGCUUUGAGAAUAAAGCCUUGGCAGCCAGUGCAGGAGAGGUAGUCUGUAGCUGUUUUAAUAUGUAGGCAUGCUGAAUGUGUCUUGUGAGUAAUGAAUAUGAAUAUAUCCAUAUACAAGUAUCUGUCCUAUUUCUUAGAAAAAAAUUAAAAGACUGAAUUAGAUCUGGAGACAUUGUGAAUCUCUUUGUAGUUUUUUUGAUGUUUUUUGCUAAAACUUGUUUUAUUACAAUUAUACUGUGUGGUGUUGUAGAUUUCUUAUACACUGCUUUUUAAGUACAAUAAUCCUACAGUAGUGGAACAUCAAGUGGUAGAUUCUUUCUAAUAAUGUACAUGUCUAUUUCUGAGGUUUGCUUGCAGUUGCUAACAUCAGCAUAAUAGUCUGUAUGACACCGAGUAUAUUGUGCCCUGUAUUUUUCUCAAAACUAAAUUGCUGUAAUCCUAGUACGAAAAACUUGCAUUCUUUAAAUCGCAGUAGAUUAUAGUAGUAAUGUUUUGCUCUAAAUUCAGUCUUUCCAUUAAAAUUAUUCCUUUAAUUCAA